AUGGAUGAGCGGCAAAUAAAUGAUGCUAAAGUUCUACGAGUUAAGUGGAACUCACUAUCCGCUACAAAGAAAUCAAUGUACAAAGAGCGUCAUCGAAAAACUAAAGUUGAAUACAUCGCAAACAAUAGAGAUGACAAUGCCAAGUUAACUAUUCCAGCUAGAACAUCACUCCGAGGUGUACAUGACAUCAUACAAAAUCUAGUUCCGGAACAAAGAACCUUAAUCAUGGGAAUUGGCAUGGGAAGCUUACUUGAAAUCAAGUGCAAGAACAUUCAUAAUGCUUUAUGUGAAUGGUUAAUAAAUAGAUUUGAUUAUAAAAAUUGUACACUGAAUGUUCAUGAAAAGGUCAUUCCAAUAACUACAAAAGAUGUUGAGAUAGUCUUGGGUUUAAGUUGUACUGGGGUUGACUUGAGUACAAAUCGAUUUAUAGCAGACGAUGUUAAAAAAUUGUCAAUAGACCUUGGUUUUCAAGAGUCUGGUUUAACGCUUUGCAAUUUGAAGGCAAGGUUGAUGUCAAGUAAUGGUAGUUGUGAUGAUAAUUUUAAAACAUGUUUUAUUUUGUACAUGUUGGGAGCUAUCCUAUGUCCAACUACCGGACUCAGUGUUAAGCGCGGUUUUCUUCGAGUUGUGCAAGAUGUUUCCAAUCUUAGCAAUAUCAAUUGGAGUAAAAUGAUUCUUCAAGAGUUGAUCACAUCUGUGAAGAAGAAGCGUGAAAAGAAUCAGCUUGGGUUGCGUGGCUGUAUUUAUUUUCUUAUGCUCUUUUAUUUGGAUCGUGUCACUCCGCAAGGAUUGAUAUUUGAACCCUUUGCAAACAAGUCACGUCCUCGUGUUAAAUUUUGGAGUGAUGAAGAUGUAAAACUGAAGGUUUAUUCACUUGCUUCGUACUACGGAAUUUAUGGCCUAGAUAAGAUUCAAGUUAUGGUCGAUGACAGCAACACAUCUAUUCCAUCUCCAAUGGAUUACAUAGCAGAUAUUAUGCCCAUUUUGGAUAAACAUUAUUCUAAAAAAUUUGAUAAGGUUGCUGACACAUUGGAGAAGAUUAACGACAAACUUGAUAGUCUUGCAACGGUGGUAUAUGAUUUGUCUACUAUGAUUGCGAUGCAAAAUGACUCGCAUGUGCAAUCUGGUCAAUUUAAGAAGGAGACAUCAUUGCAUAAUAAGGAUGACUUGCAAAAUAUAGAAUAUUGCAAUGAAAGGCAGACUUGUAUCAAACAUAAUGCCAAUGAUAUGGAGAACACAGAUUCAAGUCUUAGCAAUAACAGAACUAAGAAAAGGAAACUCAAUAAACAGUCAGAGUUCAAAAAUUAUUUGCCGAUUGAAGACAAGCUUGCAGGGCAAGAAAGAAUGUUAGACGAAGAGUAUAUAUUGCAGCAGUUUUCCAAUGAUAAAGCGCGAAUCCUGGACUACAUAUUUAAUGAAAAAUAUAAUCAGCACGAACCAAUUGUGCAUAUUGGACAAGAGUUUGCCUCAAGAAGGGAUCUGGCAUGCUUGAAAUCGAGAACCUGGCUUACUGAAAGUCCAAUCAAUCUUGUUGCAAACAUGCUUCGGAUAGACUUUGAAGAGGACCAUCACGAUCAAACAUAUAACACAUGGUACAUGCCAACUUUCUUCACGGUGCAAGAGCUUGAUACUAUACUACGACAUAAAUUUGGGGAUAAGUACAAGUUUCAGGCAUCGUUAUUUGAAUUUGGCGAAUCUCCUAACAUUCCUAAACAACCGAAUGGCUAUGAUUGUGGUGUAUAUGUUUUUAAUUUCGUGAAGUCAUCUGAAGUGGAACAAAUGAGUUCAAUCAUGUUUCAAUCCGAGACUGAAUGUUUUGACAUUGCAAUGGAAUUGGUCCUACACCGUAAGAAUGCAUGGGGAUUUCUUCUACAAGAUCAUUUGCAGAGAAGAUGA